AUGGCCAGCAAACACAUGGCCGACGUCUCCCAUCUGCAACUGAAGGUACGGCACUGGCUGGCCAACUUACCCCCGCCGUCUUCAUCCUCCGCCUCGCCCACAUUGGACAACCCCCCUCGAGACGACACCAGCUGCAAAUCCGAACGAGACGGACCCUCUCACGUAUCCACCCACCCCGGAACCCAGACCCGCCGCCCCGUCAAACGACGCCGCCUCCUCACCCCGCCCCGGACCGCCGGCAUGAGCACCCCGUCGGCCAAGCACUCGCUGAGCCGGGCUGCUUCUUCGUUGAGCAACGCGACCUCGUCGGCGCAGGACAACGACCAGACGCCCAAGCGCAUAAAGACCGCACCCGUCCUGGGCCCCUUCGGCGCGCCGCCGCCCCCGUCGUCCCGCCGCAGCGGUUCCGUGUCCCCUAAGAAGCAGGCGCGGAACACUACGACGACGAGCAUCCAAUGUCGGCAGUACGACGUGACACAGAACAUCCCCGCUGCUCUGAAGAAGAUAUGGAGGGACAUGAGUGGCUACGGCAAGGGCAUCGGCGUCGUUGGCUUCGAGGCCAAGGCGGCCGUUGAGGACGCAAUGGAGAGCCAGCCGAGAUUCCAACAGGAAAUCAUCCACGACUUCGUCUUCGAGCCGGCCCCGCCGACCCCGCCGAUUCCCACGACGACUGGCAGAGACGCCGGGCCACGAACCAAGCUCGGCCCUACCCCGACCGUCGACGACGUGCUGCGCAUUUUCGAGGACGCGAGCAUGUGCUACAACAAGGCGUUGGACGAGCCGUCGUGGAACCAGGCUGUACACAGCCCUGUCCUCUCCAUGGCCACCAAGCCCAUCUGGCGCUUACGGCCUGGCGAUGUCGUCGCCCACGUUCCGUGCACAACAGCAUCCAUCAUGCCCGUCUACGCCGAGCCCCGUGGCCGCAAGGUCGACUACUGCAUGUGCAUCCAGCCGGACCCGCUCUCGGCCGCAGCCAUCCGCGCGAUCCGCGACCAGGAUGUGUGGACGAACCUCUCCAUCAACCACACCGAGUUCAACGCCCUCCAGGACAUGCCCAUCGCUGUCAGCAUCGAGACGAAACCCCAGAGCGGCGACGAGGCCGACGCCCAGGGCCAGCUGGCCGUGUGGCAGGCCGCCCAGUGGCGGCUCCUGGAACGUCUCGUCGGGCGCAACGAGCCCAAGAUGCCGCUGCCGGAUUUCCUCCCGGGCAUUGUCGUCAUUGGCCACGCUUGGCACUUUGUCGCCAGCACAAAGCAGGACGCUGACGUGACACUCUGGACGGGCCAAACCAUCGGUUCCACCGACCAUGUCAUAGGCAUUUACCAGAUUGCAUGCGCUCUGCAAUACCUCGCGCGGUGGGUUGAGGAGACGUACUGGCCCUGGUAUAAAGGAGCAGUCCUCCAGCUUCCGGCGCAGGCAACGCAAGAGGACGGCCACGGCAGCUGA